AUGAUAAGAUGGAUUGGUUUAAAAGGUCCUUUAAGAAAUUUGAGAAUUACCACUAGAUUUCAACGUAAUGGAACAAAUUCACUUUUAAAGAACCAAGGAACAAGCUAUGCGAUACAGUACGUAAAACAACCGACUUUUUUUACGACGACUAGGAGAAGAACUUUUGAUAUUAAUUUGAGCAGUUUUUCACUUUCAACAUUACCAAAAUUAGUACCAAAAUUUCAAUGUAGACCUUUUCAUGCAACGCAACCAGCUAGAGCGAUACCAUUGCCAGCAUUUUUAUUAGCACUUAAGGCAGCGAAUGUGACAAUAGUAAUACGUACACUUAGUAAUUUAUUACUGUCAUUUUUACCUUUUGCAUUACGUAAAAAUCCAAAAACAGGACGGCCAAGACGAUUAUUAAUAUUUUUAACGACGGUAAUACCAUUAACAGGAUUUUGUAUGGUAACUUUAAUGGGUUUAGAGCAAGCACCACACACAGGACGUUGGAGAGUUAGAUUUUUGUCAGAAGAGGAGGAAAAAGAAAUUUGUAAUGUAGCAUUUUUAAUGGAAAUAGAAAAAUAUAAAGACAAAUUCUUACCAAAUAAUAGAAUUGAGAGUAUUUUUGUUCAUCAUGUUGCCGAGAAUUUAAUUAAAGGGCUAAAUAACGAUUUAAUGACUUUAAAAUCAUUUAAAAAUUUAAAUGAAAAAGAAAGUAUUGAAGAAGUUGCUAAAAUUGUAGAACAAAAUGUUGUUAACAUGAAAGAUGAGAGCACGGAUACACAAGAUGGAGAAAAUGAACCUAUACCUUUUGAAAUAUAUAUUAUUGAAGAUGAUGAAAAUUUUAAUGCUGUUUCCUUCGGCGCUACAAAAAAAAUGAUUAUAUUCACAGGUUGGCUCAAUUUAAUCGAUUAUAAUGAAGAAUACCUUGCAGUCACAUUAUCUCAUGAGAUUGCCCAUAUACUACAGCGCCAUUCAAGCGAAUCACUUGGAUUUAAUCAAAUAUUAUACAUGUUUGCAGAUACUGCUCGUACAUUGUUAUGGUUUCCAUUUCUUGCAGCAAUAGGACCUUUAUUAAAUGAUUAUUUGAAUACAGCAGCACAAAAGCUAGUUGAAACGUAUACAUCAGGAAGAUAUAAUCAAAAAGCAGAGAAAGAAGCUGAUAUCGUUGGACUACAUUUGAUGGCCCUUUCAGGAUAUCAUCCAAAGAAAGCUAUAGAAUUGUGGAAUCAUUUAUCUUUGAUAAUUGAUCAAAAUAGGAAUGUUGUAAAUGAUGUAAAUGUUGAACCAAAAGAACCACAACAAAUUGCUAACACACAUCAGGAACGUAAAGAACAACAUCUUGCUCUUUUUCAAAGCUUACAAGAAUUCUUUGCGUCUCAUCCUUUAGAAGAAGUUCGUGCUAGAUAUUUAGUUGAUGUUUUACCUGAUGCCGAACAAAUUUAUGAAAAAGUUGUUGCUGAGGGUGGAAAAGCUAAACUAUUUCAUUCUUCUAAUAAACCUAUUGAAGCUUUUAAAGAUGGUGAUCAGAUCAUAUCCAAAAUUUGGAAUGGUCUAAGAUAUUUAAUUGGGUUAAAUUCAGAAUCAUAA